AAAAAAAAAUAAAAACAAAAAUAAAUGGAUAUUACAUCUCUGUUUAGUGUCAAGGAGAAAGUGGUGUUAAUCACUGGUGGUGGUAGAGGCAUAGGUACUUCUAUAAUAACAAAACUAUUCUUUCUUACUAAUACACGUGUUGUUCAUUUUGAAUGCUUUACUUUUAUUUUAUUUUUUUUAGGUGAAAUGAUUGCACAGGGUUUUGUCGCUGCUGGUGCAAAGGUAUAUAUCUCCUCUCGCAAUGGCGAUGUAUGCAACAAGGUAGCUAAAGAACUUACGGCAAAAGGACCUGGCCAAUGCUUCGCUAUUCCUGGUGAUUUGCAGAAACUGGACGAUAUUAAGAAGAUUGUUGAAGAAUUAUCCAAACUAGAGGAUCAUCUAGAUGUGUUGAUUAAUAAUUCAGGUGCCAAUUGGGGUGAAUCCAUCAAUACUUAUCCAAGCGCCGCAUUUGAAAAGGUGAUGAACUUGAAUGUGAAUCGUCUAUUUACUUUGACUCAAGCGUGUUUGCCUUUAUUACGAGCCAAGGCAACGAAUGACAACCCUUCUCGUGUGAUCAACAUUGGCAGUAUCAAUGGGCUUCAACCUCCUGGCUUGGAAACAUAUGCAUAUUCUAGUAGCAAGGCAGCGGUACAUCAUCUUAGUAGACACUUGGCUAGUCGUUUGGGUUCAGAACAUAUCUUGGUAAAUGCUAUUGCUCCUGGUAGUUUCCCUUCCAAAAUGAUGGCUGAAACAUUGAGGAAGAAUAAGAAAAAGAUCUUGGCUGGCAUUCCUUUACAUAGAGUGGGGACUCCUGAAGAUAUAGCAGGUACUUGUUUAUAUUUGGCCUCCCGUGCCGGUCAAUAUACUACUGGUGCCAUCAUCACUGUAGACGGUGGAGCUACUGUUAACAAUUCAAGACUUUAAUAUAUCUAGAUUAGUUAGUAAAAAAUAUUAUAUAUAUAUUGAUUUUUGUGAAAUAAACUACAUAUAUAUUUUUUUUGAACAAUUUAUAC